AUGGAACAGGCCAUCAUCCGGAAGUUGCGCAUUGGCUCGAUCCCAUACAUGAGCUUGGUUUUCUUCGAUAUCGUUUUCGAUCCAUGGGGUAUGACUCACGCCGAAGUUUUGCAACAGUUGGAAAAUGGUUACAGAAUGCCAUGUCCUAAUAACUGUCCUGCGUCGUUGUACGAAAUCAUGCUCGAGUGUUGGCACAAGGACCCGGAAAAACGCCCAACAUUCGAGACUCUGCAGUGGCGGUUGGAAGAUUUUUUCGCCUCUGAUCCCACGAACUACAAAGACGCUUCUGUUACGUUUUGA